AUGCCUAAUGGAUUCCCCAACUUCCGCUCAGUGCCCGAAGUCUAUCACAAACCGAAAAAGCCAACAACGGUGGCCAAACCCUCACCAAAACAAGUUGACAGUUCAUCGGCGUCUUUCACUAGUGAUGCCGAGACUCUACGAGACAUUCCUAUGAAGAAAUCAGUUUUUCGUGCUACGCUCGACACCAUACAUGACAUAAUGAACUAUCCGGCACACCGAAAUACCCGAUAA